UACACACUGUUAUCACUCUUAGUAAGCAUCUCUCAGUCCAGGAGGUGACAUUGUGAAGAUUCAAUUACAAUCAAAAUAGUUGGAAUAACAGAAAGUGCUUUGACUUUGCAUUUUGCUUUCUUCGUCCGAUCAUCUCUGCUUUCAUCAGCAAUCACUUCACUCCAGUCUCAGUCAGAACUGCUGCUGCUGCUGCUGCCCCUGACACUGAAAGUGGAACCAAUUCCCUGGGGGAAAACGAGCUGUCACUGCUCCCCUUACUCUUUGUUUAGAAAGAGUUGCUGACAAGUCUGUUAUGUAAUGUUUUGAAAAAAACCUUCAGCCAGCUGAUCAUCCAGGGGCAUGUUUGUUAGCUGACCAAAAGUUACUGCAAGAGAUUGGAUCAUUUGCAAGAUGACGUCAUACAAACGAGAUGUGAGGAUUCUCCUUGUUGGAGAUGAAAAAGUUGGCAAGACAUCCCUGAUUCUGUCACUUGUGAGUGAGGAAUUUGCGGAGGAGGUUCCAGCAAGAGCCGAAGAAAUCACCAUACCAGCUGAUGUCACUCCGGAGCAUGUACCUACCUGCAUCGUGGACUACUCAGCUCAAGAUCAAGAUGAAUCUUUAUUGCAAGAUGAGAUCCGCAAGGCUAGUGUUGUGUGUAUCGUGUAUUCAGUCAUCGAUGAGGACUCGAUACAAAGGCUUACGACAUAUUGGCUUCCCUUUCUGAGGCAUACUUUAGGAGAAGAUCACCGGACUCCAGUUAUUUUAGUUGGCAACAAAGUGGAUAUGACAGAUAUACAAACUCUUGAGAGCAUUCUUCCAAUCAUGAACGACUUUGGAGAAGUUGAAACUUGUGUAGAGUGCUCAGCUCGAACCUUGAAGAACAUCAGUGAAGUUUUCUACUAUGCUCAGAAGGCUGUGCUUCACCCAACUGCUCCUGUGUACAAUCCAGAUGAAAAAGAACUUACACAUCCAGCAAAGCGAGCAUUAACAAGGAUAUUUCGGAUCUGUGACUUGGACAACGACAAUUUACUCAGUGAUGAUGAGAUCAACAUGUUUCAAUUGAAAUGUUUCAAUGCUCCUUUGCAUCCUCAAGCCUUGGAGGAUGUGAAAUCUAUUGUGAAGAAAAAUGUGUGUGAUGGCAUUAUUAAGGAUGGAAUCACUCUCAAAGGCUUCCUCUUUCUUCACACAUUAUUCAUCCAGAAAGGCCGCCAUGAGACGACGUGGACUGUGUUGAGAAAGUUUGGUUAUGACGACAACCUGCAGCUGACCACAGAAUACAUUGCCCCUCAAUUGACUGUGAGUUUAGGCUGCACAACAGAAAUGACAGCUCAGGGCUACACAUUUUUGGCUCGACUCUUCGAUAAAUAUGAUGAGGAUCGAGAUGGCUGCCUGUCCCCUACAGAGCUGCAGAGCUUGUUCAGUACAUGUCCCAUGAUGCCAUGGGGUCCUGAUGUGAACAACACGGUGUGCACCAAUGCAGACGGAUGGGUCACCAUGGAGGGUUACCUUGCGCAGUGGACACUGACCACUUUGUUAGAUGUGACGAGAGCUAUAGAAUUUUUGGCCUACCUUGGGUACAACUAUCAGCAUGAUUCACAACUUUCUGCAAUACAUGUGACAAGAGAGAAAAAGAUAGACUUGGAAAAGAGACAGACAGGCCGUAAUGUGUUCAGAUGCCAUGUUCUUGGUGCUAAAUCAGUGGGAAAGACUGCCUUCCUUCAAGGUCUUCUCAAUAGGAACUUGCGUUAUGUUGCCACACUGAAUCGUCAGUACCUUUCGAAUUUCACAAUAAACACAGUGCAAGUGUAUGGUCAAGACAAAUACUUGAUGCUCCAUGAAGUUGACAUGAUGAUGUGUGAUAUGCUUACCCCUACUGAGCUUGACUGUGAUGUUGCCUGUCUCGUAUAUGACGUCACAAACCCUCAGAGUUUUGAGUUUUGUGCACGAAUGUAUCUGAAACAUUUUAUCGACUCAAAGAUCCCAACUCUGAUCGUCGCGUCCAAAGCUGAGUACCCUGAGGUGAGACAAGACUACGAAUUCACACCUGCUCAGUUUUGCAGCCGGUUCAAGCUCCCCCCUCCACAGCGAUUCACGUGCAUCGACAAAGUGAACCAUGACGUCUAUGUCAAACUGGCAACCAUGGCUGCAUAUCCCAACCUAAAGCGUUUGGUCCACAUGCUGUUGGUACAUCAACGCCCCUUGUGGCUGGAGGAGAGACUAAGGCACAUGCGUGGAUUGUUCCAGAAAGGCGGACGACCUUACGUGCAGGCUAGUGUCGGCGUGGCAGUGGCAGCUCUCCUUGGUUUUGCCCUCUACAAGGUCGUCUCAUCCUCUUCCUCAUCAUCGAGCAUUAGGAGAUAAAGAUUUACUGUUAUUGGAAUACAAUAUUAAGGGAUGGGCAUUUUGAAUUUAUCCUGACCUUACGUUUCAACCCCCUCCCCCCGCCCGAAUAAAACAAAAGUUCCUGAAAUUUUGUUUCGUAGGUCAGUAUGAUAAGUUCAGUCUCAUAUCAUUUCUGAUCCUGUAGUAAAAGCUCAGGAUUUUUCUUUCCCUCAAGGAAUGGUGCCCAUCUCUGAAUGUAUUUUUACGUAUGUAGGUUGUUGUAGGAUCUCUGACGACACCUCCUUCCUUUCCUCAUGCAUUUCUGACAAUGUGUUGACUAAUGACUGAUACACUUUGUUGUCUGUCCUCCCGCACGAGGUGCCAAGCAUAGGUUUCAGAAAACUACUCUGGUAUUAUUAUUAUUAUUUCUUCAAGUGUUAGUCAUAAUAUUUAUUUAUGCAACAGGGAGAGUGUGAAUGCUGCCACAUGUUGUGCUCCUUUGGAGGGUUCUGUGGAUGCAUGUCAGUGUGGGGAAGAUUCUGUUUUGAGAAUGAUUUUGUUUGAUAGAACAGAUUUGCCAGUGUUAUCUGUGCACUGGUUAGUUGAAUGAUUGUUACAUUUUAGAUGAAGUGUGAUGUGAAAGGCAAAAUGACUUGUUCCUUCCUGUGCAAGUACAGAUAUUUAUAUAUAUACUUAUGUAUGAGUGUACAAUAAUGCAAGGAUGUUUACAUACUUGCAGCAUGCACUGCCUUUGAGUUGCAUUGUUUUACACUAGUUGUAGAAACUUGUUGUGGAUGAUCGGAGGAGGGUGCUGGAAAGAGCUACACUUUCUUUCCUUUUUUUUUUUUUUUUUUUUUUGGUCCCUAUGUUUAUUUGUUUGUGAAAGCACAAAAAUCUGACCAUCUUGAUGAUGUCAGAAUGUUUAUUUGUAAUUUAUGGCAUGAUUCAGCUCCUGCGGAUUUACUCUUUAUUGGCUUCCUGUCUGGCUUGCUCUAUGACACCCCCCCCCCCCCCCCCCCCCCAAGAGUUUUGUGUCCCGUAGUACAAUGGGGUUGAUGUUCAUAUUUGAUUUUGCCACAACUGUCAACACUGUAUCUCUAUAUUCUUAUGCUUUCUUCCGUCUUUCAGCACCCAUGUACACUUGUCCUUUCAUGCAACACAAGUUGAUUAUUUCAGGAGUAAGGUGUGACUAAAUAAAAAAGAUACCUUCAAAGCAAUAUGACCUCCAGAGAAGGGAGGGAGGAAGUGGUUUCAAUCAAAGCUCAACAUUUUCUUCCUUCCAUUACUCUUGUCAGAGCCAUAGGAUUCUUUUAAUCCAGUAAAGUAGUGAGUGUGUCUACUGUGUGCAUUUAUGCUGGUCAGCUGAACAUUUGAGAGGUCCUGUAAGGUGCAAGGUAGACUCUGGUAUGAUGCCCAUGAAAUGUCUUUUAGUUUGUUAGAGUCAGAAGUAAAGUUCAAACUCA